GGUGGUGCAGGAGGCCGGCAUCACCAGUAGGAGGCGCCACUGCUGCUGACCGGAACCCAGCGGGGCAGAGGAAAGAUGGCAGCCGCGGCGGUGGCUGAGUUUCAGAGAGCCCAGUCUCUUCUGGGGACAGACCGGGACGCGUCCAUCGACAUCCUACACUCAAUAGUGAAACGGGACAUCCAGGAGAGUGAUGAGGAAGCAGUGCGUGUUAAAGAGCAGAGCAUCCUGGAGCUGGGGGCCCUGCUGGCCAAGACGGGACAAGCUGCGGAACUGGGGGGCCUGCUCAAGUAUGUACGCCCCUUCCUCAACACCAUCUCCAAGGCCAAGGCAGCCCGGCUGGUCCGCUCCCUGCUUGACCUCUUCCUGGACAUGGAGGCCGCCACAGGUCAGGAGGUGGAGCUCUGCCUGGAGUGCAUAGAGUGGGCCAAGACUGAGAAGAGGACCUUCCUCCGACAGGCGCUGGAGGGUCGGCUCAUUUCGCUGUAUUUCGACACUAAGUGCUACCAGGAAGCACUAACACUCGGCACCCAGUUGCUGCAGGAGCUGAAGAAGAUGGACGACAAGGCCUUGCUGGUGGAGGUUCAGCUGCAGGAGAGUAAGACGUACCACGCCCUCAGUAACCUUCCCAAGGCCCGAGCCGCCCUCACCUCCGCCAGGACAACCGCCAACGCCAUCUACUGCCCACCCAAACUACAAGCAGCUUUAGACAUGCAGUCAGGGAUUAUUCACGCAGCGGAGGAGAAAGACUGGAAGACGGCUUACUCCUACUUCUACGAGGCCUUUGAGGGCUACGACUCCAUCGACAGCCCCCGAGCCAUCAUAGCCAUCAAAUACAUGCUGCUCUGCAAAAUCAUGCUCAACUUGCCAGACGACGUCCAAGGCCUCAUCAGCGGCAAGCUCGCUCUCCGGCACUCUGGCAGAGAGACGGACUCUAUGAAGUGUGUGGCUCAAGCCAGCAAGAACCGGUCGCUCGCAGACUUUGAAAAGGCUCUUACAGAGUACAAACCUGAGCUGAGUGAUGACCCCAUCAUCAGCAACCACCUCACCACGCUGUACGACAACCUGCUGGAGAAGAAUCUCAUCAGGGUCAUUGAACCGUUCUCCAGGGUCCAGAUCGCACACAUUUCCUCCCUCAUCAAACUAUCAGAGGGAGACGUGGAGAGGAAACUGUCACAGAUGAUUCUAGAUGAGAAGUUUCACGGUAUUUUGGACCAAGGCGAGGGCGUCCUGAUCGUCUUCGCCGAGCCAGUUGUGGACAAGACGUACGAGGCGGCGCUGGAGACCAUUCACAACAUGAGCAAAGUGGUGGACUCGCUCUACAACAAAGCCAAGAAGCUCACAUAAGAGAGAGCGAGGUGUCCGGAGUGACGUGGACCAAUCAGGAGUCUGUGGAUCGCUCACUUCAACCCGGGAGGGGGGGGGGGGGAAGAGAACGAGGAGAGAACAAACACUCAACAAUCCAGCAAGCAAGUAAACCAGCUGACCACCUGAAGACCAACCAACCGAUCAACAACGUGUCGGGGGGGCACACAGUCCCCGACCCCCCCCCCCUAAAGCCCCCCCCCCCCAGUCCUCUGCUCGCCCCCCUCCUCCCUGUCACUGUCACUUCCUUCCAAUCUGAUUGGGGUUGAUCUGGCACCAAGUGCUCCCCCCUCUGGACAAACCCAGGCACUGCGCCCCCUUCUCCCACCACUGGUUUGUACUGUAUGUAAAACUGGACCACCCCCCCCCCCUGUUUCUCUCUGCACUGGCCAUCAGGGAAUCUUGUAAAAUAACAAUAAAGAAAAACUUAUAACGUACUUAAACUUACAUAUAUUGUAAACAAAAAAAGAAGCCCUGCUUGCUCUGAUUCGUUUGUGAACAUCCGACCUGAGGGAUCCGAUCACACCUGGUCAGCGCAGAGUUCAGAUCCCCGACCACGUGAGACCACGCCCUCUUAGUGAUUAGCUUCUCUCAAUCAUGACUCGUCAUAACAUAUCAUGUAACUGGUUCUGGUUCGGAGUCUUUGCUGUAAGUGAGUAAACAAUCUGCUUUCUACUUCUCUUUCUAACACACACACACACAAACACACACUUUGAUGUCACACCUGGUCAAACAGCAUCAUUCGGUUCUGGAACAGAAGAGAUUUAUGAAUUCAUUCACUCAGAUCAGGGAAAUGAAACCAACUGAACAUCUGUGAUCGAUCUCUCAGGACCAUGUCAGGGCGGGGGGGGGUCCGUCUGUCCCUCUCCGGAUCCGACCUUUUCUGUCCGACCCUGAGAGUGAAUGUUGAAAUUCAGAUUCCCCCCCGCCCUCACCUCCUCUCUCUCACCUGACUCCCCUCUGACUGGUCGGACUCAGCCACAAGGCAUUCUGGGAUUUAUGGACCCUACAGGGAACUUUCUCUUCUACCCCCCCGCUCUGGGACCACAGUGAGGGGAUGAUCGACACACUGGGCUCUCCACACACCUGCCCUCCCACUUCCUGUUUGUAUAUACCAGUUGCCAACAUCCCAGGCCUGAUCAUAGUCCGUCUUUUCCGUUUCUUUUGUAAUGCGUUACUGAACAGUGAACCUCGCCAGCGGGAGCUCUGAGUCACAAAGUGCUUUUUGACGCUGGAGCCGUGACUGCAGAUGGAACUCUUUGAUGUGAGAUGCAGAAGAGGCCGAGUUUCGCUGAAGAAAAAAAAUCAAGCUGUACAUAUCUGGGAACAACAUUUUGAAAAAGACUCGAGGGUUUACCGUAUAUGACCGAGAAAGACAAACGCUAAUAAAAAUAAUGAAAUGAAAACUGUAACGGGUUUGAUUGGAGGAUCCUGCAGAUGAGGUUUCAUCUGCUUGUUAACGUGGUCCUCUGAAAUGAUGAGAACUUUAUUUCAUGUCUCUUGUUCCUCGGCUGCCUCUGACUCCAGACCUGCUUACCAACCAGGCAGGGCUCGGUGUUCGGCUGAGGCUUCAUGUAAAAUCAUUGUACAGUCAUUUUAACUGAAGUAACACUUUGAUUAAAAAAGACAAAAUGUGCUCUUGA